CACAGAUCUGUUGAGACUUCAGUUGCGAACUUGUCUGGCGACGGAGCACAAGUCAAGAAAAUAGAAAACUUGUACCACUGCCACAAGGAGAGAGAGAGGACUCGUUAACCGUUGCACAGUUUGCAAAAGAUCAAGUUUUGCCCAAUAAAUAUCAACGGAACAACGUUCCUCGUCCCCUUCGUCGUCUUUGACCAGUUCUCCAAGCCAUUCUUAUAGCCAGGUGUGCAUUAUAGUGGGUGAGACUGCUGCUGUUGGUCCGUGGUGUCCAAAAAAUAGCCCAACCUUGAAGAAGCAGAAGCGUCCGAGAAGAUGACGACCGUGAGUCGUGUUAGCCAAGUGAGCCACACCAACGUUGCUGGCACGGGAGAAUGGGAUCAUCGACUAAAUCGACUCCUGGAGGACCUUCAGGACACGGUGAUCCCGUCCGACUCAAAAUUGGGGAAUGCGAACGAAUAUCGCGAAUUUCGAAUGACUCAGCGAACUCAGGUGAACGAUGAGCCGGCCCAACAGGUGGACGAGAAGUGGGUGGAGAUUGGAACGACGGGUGGAGGAACGCUCUCCAUCCCUGGAAACACGAGCAAUGGGUUUGGCAGUGGGCCGGGGACUACCAGAUUCGGAGGGGAAAAGUCAGUCGCUUUCUCCGACGACUUUUCCAGGUCUAGCAACAGUCGUUUCGAGAGUUCCAGCUCCAGGAGGGAUCCACAAAUCGAGUUUUUGGCCCCUGCGAACUCCACAACUGUUCUCAGGUCAGGGCCGUCAUCUCCGAUCGGUUACAGCACGAGUUCCACGUCUCCAAAAGUGGAAAAGAAGGAAUUUUAUUCCAAGGCGUCCUACACCACGCUCAUCAAGGGAGGUCCAGAACUUGUCCCUGUCGAUAGUCGAAUGCUGGACGACUUUAUUUCGUCCGACUACCGACCAACGCCAGCUCUCCAACAAGCAAGCAGUAGUUCCACUUCUGAAACCACGAAGCGUUCCUACAUGUCAGAGUCGACAGGACGAAGGGUGCGGGACGAGCCGCCCUUGAGCCCACCAAUGUACACCAGCACCCCAAUCUCUAGAACGUCUCGCGAGACUCGUGAGUACAAUCGGGAGCUCAUCACGGACCGAAAUCGGAGUGUGACUCCACCUCCUCGACCUUCAGAGGCGCUUAAAACGCCACCAAUGAUUCGUAAAAUUCUCCAAAGCUCUCAACAGCAGCAACAACACGCCUCCUCCUCCUCCAGCUAUCAGCAACACCAACAUAGCAGCAGCAGCAACAGGACGACCACCACUUCCGCCUCCCGUCCUCCGCCCGUUGGAGGUGUCCCACUGCCAAUAAUUCAGCACCGUGACCGCAUCCCAAACUAUGACGAGACCCCCGAUCGACCCGCUGCUCGUUACUACACGUCGUCCACAACCACAGAGCACAGAACGGACAGGGAAUUGUCCCCCGUGCGGACCUUCCCAUCCUCGCAUCCUUCUCGCGGAGAUGGAGAGCCUCCAAAGCGGUUGGACGAACUCUUGGCCACGUUUGGAGACCAUUCAUACUCGGAGUCUUCCACAACAAGAUACACUUCGGACGGGUCGGGGGCUCACAAGUCAAUCCCGUACGGACCUGGGACUCAUGGUGUGCAACCUCUCCGCUCCGUCCGGAUUGACGACAAUGUUCAACAGCGUCAGAUUGACGAGGACUCGGAGUUGAUUCACCGAAAAAGUGGGCGAUCGGAGCUGGAUGGGACACGCAACGUGGCAGGUCCACCCGUGUUCUUCCCUCCCGGCCAGAUAUUCCAGAAGACGGAGGAGGAGGCUCUGAUGACUACGCAGGAGGGGGGCAAAGGCAAGAUGAAGGCCAAGAGGGAGUACAAGGCCAAGGAGAAGAUGAAGUCCAAGCACUCUGAGAAGGGCGGUGGGGGUGCGGUCCCUGUUCCAGUCUGCUUACCCGUCUGCUGUGCCGCACCAUGCGUCAUCAUGUAACCACCACCACCACUAAUUAAUUACUACUCACUCCUCGGCGGCCCCACCACCGCGUUUGCAUAAGCACAGAGCUAGGGACCUGCAUUUCCAUUUUAAUAAUCGUUGGCCGUGUGUAUCACACACACGCGGAGGUGGGAGACGUCGAGAGAAUCGCCACAUUUUAGUUCACACGCGUCUACUGGAUAUUAUUAUUACCUAUGAAUUACGAUGUACUACCAUAAUUCACUAAAUGAAAUGAUACUUAUUAUACAUUUAUUAUUUUGACCCGUUGUUCAUGUUCAGAUUUUGUACCUAAUCCUUCUCCCAAUGCAAUCAUUAAUUGUUGUCACCUCAAUUGUCACGUGUUAAUUGUUGUUGGCAAUUUUGUAUGUUCAUUCAGCUACGCCAUUAUUGUGGUUCAUUAUCUUAGAGCCUGAAGCGCUUCGGAUAUUUUAUUUCACACAAAAUUCAUAUAUAUAUUUUGAGUGGCGAGCAUUUUGUAGUGAAUGCUUUGAUUACAUGAACUGUUGUCGUUUCAAUGUGCAUAAUUUUAAGUAGUUUGUUAUAUGUAAGGGAAAGAUGUCAGAAAACAUGGUGCAUAGAAAUCCCUCAAGCAAGGAUUCGUUGAAAAGUUGGUGCAAUUUUAUUUAGCUACAUAAAUGUGAGAAUGGUGUGCUAAUCUAUAGUCCAUGCAUACAUAAUUAUAUAACGAGUGAAAUGGUGAGAUCAUACGUGUGAAAAUAUGGAUUGUAUUUAAUGUGUAACUUUAGUUGGAAUUAUUUUACUAGACGGAUGGAGACCAUUAUUAACGUUAUCUAAUUAUAAGUUUAUGUCUGACUGUGUCUGGUUGUUUGCGUCUGGAGUUUAAAGGAAAAAGAGAAAUUAUAUGCAUAACAAAUUAUUUAAUUUACAAAAAUCAACAAAUAAAACUAAAUUUAACAAAGCCA